ACAUGAAGAGGAGCAGCAGCAGCUGGAUUUCCCUCUGCGGGGUUUUGGCUGCAGUUUGUGCCGUGCAGGCGACCUACACUCUCUACACGACGGUGCGUUGCGACUGCAAUGGGAGAUCUCGGUACUGCCUUCGGGACGCCCAGGGCCUGUACUGCAUCGACUGUCAGGGAAACACCGAGGGCCGCCACUGUGAGCGCUGCAAGGACGGCUUCUACCUGGAGGGGGCGGGACUGAGCUGCACACCCUGCCUCUGCAACCCCACAGGUUCUGUCAGUGCAACGUGUGACAGCAGGGGGCGCUGUAGCUGCAAAGAAGGUGUCACAGGAGAAAAAUGCGACCGCUGCCCGGACGGACCGAUCGGACCGGAUGGCUGCUCGCAAAGACGUCAGCCCAGACAGGAUUCGGGCAGUUCGCCGUGUUUCUGUUACGGCCACAGCAGCAGGUGUUCUCCACAAUCCGAUUACUCCAUCUACAAGAUCACCUCCACCUUCGCCGACGGUCCGGACGGUUGGAGGACGGCGACAGCGCAGGGCGUCACACCCGACGACGUUCACUUUCGCUGGUCACCAAAACACCAGGACCUGGAGGUGAUCUCCAAAAACAGCCUGCCGGUUUACCUGUACGCCCCAGCUCCUUACCUGGGGAAUCAGUUGCUGAGUUAUGGUCAGAACUUUUCCUUCUCGUUGCGUCUGGACCGCGGCGUUCGACACCCGUCCACCAAUGAUGUGAUCCUGGAAGGUGGCGGUCUAAGAGUCAGCGCCUCGCUCGGUGACCUGCGAUCCAUCGUCCCCUGUGGACAAAAGAUCAGCUACAGUUUCAGACUGGAUGAGCAGCUCGGCAGCAAAUGGAGGCCUCAGCUCUCUUCCCUCCAGUUCCAGACGCUCCUCCAGAACCUCACCGCCAUCAAGAUCCGGGCAACGUUUGGCGAAAAUGGACGUGGUUACCUCAAUAAUGUGCAGCUGGUGACGGCGCGACGUGGAGAAGGCGUCCUGGCCCCCUGGGUCCAGACCUGCAACUGCCCGCCGGGAUACGACGGUGAGUUCUGCGAGCGAUGCUCCGCUGGUUUCAGACGCAGGAUCCCUGCAGACGGAGCCUUCAGCCCCUGCGAACCCUGCAACUGCAGAGGAGGCAGCUGCGACCCGCAGACGGGAGACUGUUACUCUGCUGACGAGACGCCCGGAGAGCAGAGCUGCUCUGAGGGGUUUUACCGAGACCCCUGGCAGCCUCGUACCUGUGUGAAGUGUCCCUGUGCGGACGGAGUGUCCUGCUCGCUGGCUGCCGGUUCGCUGGAGCCCCGAUGUGACCGCUGUCCAACUGGAACCACAGGCCCUCGCUGCGACAUCUGUCAGGAGGGUUUUUAUGGUUCUCCUGCAGGGGGCGCCGGCGUGCAGCGACCCUGCAGGCCCUGCCAAUGUAACGGCCACAUUGACGUCAACGUGGCGGGAAGUUGCGAUCGCAGCAGCGGCGAGUGUCUGAGGUGUCUGAACAACACGAAGGGCCGGAGCUGUGAGGCCUGUGUGCGAGGUUUCUACCACAGCCGAGCCACCGACGCCUGCAAACCGUGUAACUGUGACGUUCAGGGCUCACAGUCUGCACAGUGCGAUGAUUCGGGUCGCUGUCGGUGCAGACCGGGCUUCGAAGGCCUGAGGUGCCAACGCUCCAACUGUCCCGCCUGUUUCGCCCCCAUCAAGUCAAAGAUGGAGGCUUACGGUGCCAAGCUGAAGGAGCUGGAGACCCUGUUCUCAGACAUGGACGGAGGUUUGAAACCAGCCAACAGUGCUGAGAUUGAGGCUGCUCUGAGAGCCAUAGAGGAGCUGGUGAACAACCUGCAGGACGAAACCGAGCAGCUCUCAGGACUGGAGAGGAGCCUGCAGGGUCGUCUGGCGUCCAUCAGCAGGAGUCAACUGGAGGACGGACAGGACAUCCAAAACAUCGCCGAGUCAGCGGAGAACAUCAAACAACAACAGCAGACGUACAAGACGAAGGUGGAGGAGGUUCAGACCCUGAUAGAGGAGAUGAAACGCAAACUGGACAAGGCCAGGACUGACCUCGGAUCAGCUGAGUUUCCUCUUGGAGAUUCUCCACAGGGUCCAGACUUCCUGUCUUCUUUGGUGCAGACCGCCACCAGUCUGGCCGACAAACACCAGACGACAGCAGAUUCUGUGGACCGAACCGCCACGGACGCUCUGAGGGACUCGGAGGCGAGUCUGGCUCUGGUCCGAACUCUCAUGAACAAAGAGAACAGAGUCAAGGAGCUGAUCGGAGAUCUGAAAACCAUGUAUGAUCAGACCUCGGCCCGGGUGAAGGGGUUUGAGAACCAGGCGACCCGGCUGAGCACUGAGGCCAGAGGCGAGAGCAAAAUGGCGGACAGCAUGCUGAAAGACAUCGCCAACAUGGAGCGAGACAUCCCAUCAUCCCUGAAGGAUGAGGUGAGCGCCAUGGUUUCCAGAGUGGGCGAUCUGCAGAAGACGGUGGACGAGGACAUCUCAGGCUACCUGGCGCUGCAGGGCGGUGUGCAGCAAGACAUGGCCGCCACCCAGGACCUGAUGGCCAAGGGCAAGGCCGCCCAGCAGGAUUACGACAAGCUGGUGGACAGAGUCAACAUCGCCAAGGACAUCACAGAGAGCGCUCUGCAACGCAUCAACAGCAACAGCAACGAGCUGGACAACACCCUGAACACCCUGAAAGGGUUCGACCAGCAGAUCGACGGCAGCAGAGCUCUGGCCGACGCCGCCAUCAAGCGUCUUCCCGGCAUCAACGCCACCAUCCAGCAGGCUAUCGGCAACAACGCUGAGACGCUGUCCGUCCUGGGAGACGUGUCUGAUGGUUACAGCAGCGCACUGGAAAGCAUCAACCAGCUGGAGACUCUGGUCAACGGUCUGGAGGGAACGUUUGAAUCUUUGCCGCCUUAUGCCGAUCUGGCGAAUCAAGCCACCAAACUGAACAAAGACGUGACGGAUCUGAAGACGAAGGCGGUCGGCACGGCUAGAGACCUGGCCUCCGAGCUGGACACCGCCAGGACGCUGGAGGCCGACGCUGCGCAGGCUGCCGAUGGAGCGGCUGCAGCUUUCAACAACGCCAAAAAGACCAGAGACGCUGUGGGAGAAACGCUCCGGAACAUCAACAGUAUGCUGGCUAACCUGAACCGGUCCGGCGCUGUGGAUGAAAAGCAUCUGAAGCAGCUGGAGGACUCUCUGGCCAACGCUCAGAGAGACGUGGAAGGAAGUCUGAGGCCUCGGUUCAGGGACAUGGAGAAGCUGGAGGCCGCCCAGCGCCGCCGGCUGACGUCCAUCAACCUGGACAUCGACACCAUCCUGGGGGACAUCGCCAACCUGGAGGACAUCCUGAGAGCCAUCCCCAGCGGCUGCUACAACAGCCCGCCCAUCGAGGAGCCCUGAGGGCCGCCAGGAGACGUCAGGUCUCACAGAGUCCUGAUCUGCCAUUUAAACAAGAAUCUACCUUCUUUUAUAAAACAACGGGUGGUGCAGUGACAGUGUUUUUGAGUGACUGGUACUAAAUAAUAAUUCAGAACAAAUGUGUAUUCACAGCUCAAAGCUUUAUUUAAAGCAUCUUCCUAGAAGAGUGUUGAUAACGUGCUAAACAUGAAAGGGAGGGCGGACUAUACAAAUCAGAGUUAGAACUAUUCUAAAAGUGAGUUUAAGGAAUUUAGUCUUCGGCCAGUGUUUUACAUUUUGCUGUAUUAUCAGGUACCAAUAAAAUCCUGCUGGUACUCAAACGCUAAGAAUUAAAUUUUAUUGAUUUUAACUUUUAAGGAACAAAGAAAACUUUAAAGAGAAAUCUGUCCUCACUGCUCCAUAAAGUCGUUGUUGUUGUGAGAGACAGAUUUACAACCGAGGGCUCCAAAAAGAUCCUACAUUUCCCAUAAUGCACUUGGUUAGUGUCUGUAAACAGCCACAAUUUCUCUUUCUUUUCCUCUUGAAGUUACGAGGUUGGUGUUGUUCGAUGAACUCAUCACGUUCACUGGGUCAGUUCACCCAAAAACUCACUGUGAUGCUCGUGCUGCGUUCACGCCACGCAGGAGCCACUGUAAAUAUCAGUAUCUGUCUCAAAAAUACUGUCCACGGUCAAAAACCAAGCAAUGACCCUGAACGCAACAUGUUUUACAGUAAAUACAGAUUAAACUGCUGCGGAUCAACACGUUUCGUUUCUGAUAAUAACGGUGUGUUUGAUGUAUGAGUGUGUCAAUGUAAAAGUGUUUUAUUUAUAACUGUAAAUGUUUUUGAAUUCAGUGUUUUUAUUUGUUCUGUCGACUCAUUCAUGCGACGGAUCAGCAGAGAUAUUUAUAUGUUUUGUUACUGCUUUUAAAUAAAACCUGCUGCACUUUUUCUCCUGA